AUGUUCCGGAACAAUACGGACGGACGGAGCCGCGAGGCGCCGGGGACAUCGAGCCCGAAACCCCCUUCAGACCCAGUCACUGAUCCGCCAUUGCACUGUCGCGUUGUCGUCGUCUAUAAUGGACAUAAUGAAUGGCCCCUCGAACGGCGUCUCGUGUGGAACGAAGUUCUGCCCGAGCUCCAGAAUUAUGCCUUUCACUCGGGGGUCGACCUCGAGCUCGUUGAUACUUUAAUUGAUACGCAAAAGAUCUCGGCCCAAGUCCACCGGAAUACUCUACGCGCCCUCGAGGACCCAAACACCAUUGUUGUGUUGUUAAUUGGUGAUAAAUAUGGGGAGGGAGGGCUACCGCUGGAGCUGCGCAAGGAGGAGUUUGACGCAAUACGGGAGGCCGUUUUCGAGCAUAAUCAAGACGUAAAAUACCUGGAGAAAUACUACCUCCUCGACCGUACCGUCCAGCCAGAAGUCUAUCGAUUGAAAGCGGACUUUGAUGACCCGAAGAUCACCAAAAAACUGCUUGCCGUCAUGCAAAAAGGAGCAGAAGUGGCUUUCCACGAGGGUUCGAUCAACCAAAUCGCCCCGCACCGCCAGCAGCGCUUCUUCUGGUCCUUCCUCCACUCGGUCCUCUACCAAGCCAAUCAAAUGGAGAAGCACCGCGCGUGCUACGUGCUACGGAAGUUUGAUGGCGCCAUCCAAGACAAAAACAACGAGCCCUGGGUGGAUAUCGACGAAGAAUCGCUGAAAAAAGUGCAGGGACUGAAAAACGACCUUGCGGCUGAAGUCGAGUCGACCGCGUGUCUAUCCUUCACCCUACCCACCGAGGGCGGCGAGGUCAAGAACUUCUAUGCGGGGCGCGAGGCGGAGAAGUAUAGGGACAAUUUUUCACGGCAGCUCCUCGAGCGCUUGAAACAAAGCAUCACCCGCUUUGCCCCAGCCCGUCUCCCCUCGUCCUCCUUGGUGUCGAUCGCCCUCCGCGAGAAUGCCUCUCAUGAGCGUCUGCUGCGUGAACGUCUCCAACAAGAGUGGCAAUCACGCAAAAGCGUCGACGCUAAACUCGACGAAUGCGUCAGAGAGGGUACCGGCGGCGCGUAUCUCGUACAAGGGCCAGAGUUGAGUGGGAAGACACGCAGUUUGCUUCAUUUAUACGAGCUUCUCGAUGAUCGGCCGUCGUACAGAAUCGUACUGUUUGCAGGCCUGACUUCUGCCACCUCUUUCGCUCACGAACUCUGGCGUCUGGUGCUGAUCUUGGUGUGCCACAUGUCCGGCCAAGACCCGAAGCCCUGCUUCUCCCAUUUCCGACUUGGCGACAUCGUCACUAAACUCCACGAGGUGAUCGAACGACUCGACCGGCCCGUCUACCUCUUCCUUGACGAUGUGCAUCUACUCAAAUUUGGGCGCCUGCUCUCCGGGCUGGAACGGAGGCCUAAGAAUGCCCCAAACAACCUCUACCUCUUCAUGACCGCGUCGAACGUCUCCAACUUGACGCCAGUGUUUCUGACGGCGCAGACGAUAAAUUUGGAUCCGCCGACGGAGGGUGAAAUCGCCGACAUUGUGAAACGACGACUUGCAAAACGUGGAAGAAAACUCUCUACAGAGCAGAUCGGAUCCAUCAAACCCUACCUGACGGGCGGUGAGAAGAACCCGGUGGUGGGGCUCAUGCUCGUCGAGGAGAUUUUAUUGAGAGGCAAUGGGGUGAUGAAGGGCGGAAUCGAGGGGCGAAUCGAGCGAAUCGAAGGUCGCCUGCCUCUGUCGAUACCUGGGCGCAUCCCCCUCUGGGCUGACCCGCUUGGAGUUGUCGGACGUCCUCUCCGCCAACCGCGCCCUCCUCCAAACGAUCGGCUCCCCGGUGGCCUUCCCCCAUUUCUCCUCGACAGCAUCCUCGAGUCUUUAGGUGGCUUGUUGCAUACUGUAUAUGCCGACGGGCGUCUCUUGUACCGCUACAGCCAUACGAGCAUCGCGAAUGUUGUGCGAAAUCGAUACCUCUCAACCCCAGCCGACGUAAAAUCGGCAAACGGUGACCUGGCCGACGUGUUUGCCGAUCUGCUCACAGAGCUGGACGGGAUCAGCCCGCGGGCUGCCCUUCAGUACCAAGUCUUUCCCCAAUUGCUCAAACGCGACAACGGGUCUAUUAAUGUGCGCAAGGUGCGCAAUUUGUGGCUCCAUCUGCUGCAUUCUGGAGGCAGUAUGGACGCGCUGAAAGAGUUCGCCCUGUGCCAAUUCGACUACCUCGACGCUACGGUACGCUCCUGUGGACUGGCCCAUUUGCUGUCAAUGUACGAGGCCUGCAUACUACAGGUGUUACACCACGAUAUUCAGGUGCUGUGCGAGCAAGUGCUGCUGCCCGCCUUGGAGACGGUGGUACGGGAUAAUGAACAAUUGGCGGCAGAGGUGAUUGGACGAUUACGGUAUACCAGAGCCGAAAACUCUCACUUCUUGAACACGAUGGUGGAGCAGGCGAUGGCGUGGGUGGAUACCUAUUCGAAGCAGCCACUCCUCGUCCCGCUUACCUGCUGGAUACCACCACCACAGAUGAAACAAGUGCUCUCGUUUAAGCUGAAGGAAUGGAAAUCAGCCGUGACGAUCGUCACCCCAACCGAAAACCACCAGCACCUCUUGAUUACGGGAAAUUUGGCUCAACCGGGCGUCGUCUGCAUGUAUCAUAUCGCUUCUCAAGAAUUGGCCACCACAUUUAAAGGCCACACCGCUACCGUAACCUCCUUAACAACGAGUCGAGACGGCACAUUUUUCGUCAGUACCUCCCACGAUAAAACCGUCCGGCAGUGGGGCUUUCAGUCGAGUGAUGCGAUACGGGUGUUGAAGCAUCACACCGGGAAAGUUAUGUGCUCGAUACUGAGCAGCGACGAUAAGUUGUUGAUCACCGGGUCGGCAGACAGCUCGGCAAAGGUGAUAUCCGUCGAGACCGGGGAGGUGGUGCGUAGUUUCGGAGAUCAUACGGGAAGUGUCGUUUCGCUGCAGUUGACCAGCAACGAUCAGCUACUUAUUACGGGUUCGGGCGACUUUGUCGUCCAAGUAUGGGAUAUGCACUCCGGGCGGUUGGUGAACCGGAUGGGCGGGCUGAUGGCGCCGGUGACUUGUGUCGCAAUCACUAGCAACGACGCCUUCGUGGCGGUGGCCUGUGAGGAUGAGACACUUCGAAUAUUCGGGACUGUCAGUUGCCAAGAAUUACACGAAUUGAGCGGCCAUGAGAGCAAGGUGAACGCGCUGGCAUGCGCGAAUGAUGACUGUCAACUGUAUGCGGCCACCAAGUCCAAGAUUUAUUGCUAUGAUCUGCAUACGGGGGUCAUUGUGGAUGUGCUGGAUUGUGAGGAGAAGUCGCCAGUCACGUCACUGAAGAUCACCUCCGACAACUAUUUCCUUGUAUCCGGAUGCGGGGUGGCCGUAUCGGUGUGGAAUGUGAGGGAAAGGAUCCAUGAUGGGGUCGACUCGAGGCAGGCUGAUAAAGAGGGAUACGUGACGGCCAUUGCGAUGAGCAGCGAUGAAAAGAUCUCGGCAUGCGGCACCUACAAUGGCAUUGUGGCGUUGUGGGAUAUGGAUAUUUGCCAGUGCAUUACUACGGUAAAAGUGCAAGCCGUCCAAGACCGUAGUCUCCCAAUUUCCGCCCUCGCAUUCACCAUCGAUUCCUCUUGCCUACUAUCUGCCGAUAAUGAGGGCAACAUCGUGGUGCUCGACUCGAGCCACGGGAUGGUGCUGCGUACAUGCUACUACCAUACGACGGAGGUUGUGACGAUGUGUUGCUUAGAGAGUGGGAGGACUGUCAGCUGCGAUAAGGCCGGAAAUUUGAAGGUGUGGGACGUAUUCGGCGAGGAGGGCGAAAGCGAAGAACUGUCCACGACCGGCAUCAUCCCACCCAUCUACGUGCCCCCAUCCGGGAAAUUGAUGCUGGGCAGCGUGCCGAGCACGAAGAAGGAGAUGAAGAUCUGGAGCUUUGGCGAGAAUUCGGUGACGUUGAAGAAUCGGUUGUCGCAUAAUGAGGAGGUUACAUGCUUCUGUGCGGCGCCGAUGGGGACGUUGGUCGUCACCGGGAGCACCGAUCAAUCCCUGAAACUGUGGCAGAUUGACUGCGGGUUCUUGACACAGGUUCUCGUUGGUCAUGAAGACGUUGUGACGUGUUGUGCGAUAUCGGACGAUGAGCACGUUGUCGUUUCGGGUGCUCGCGACCAUAAGGUGAUCUUUUGGUCAGUGAUUACGGGUGAUGCGAUGCGUACAGUGCUGACGUGUAGCCCAGUCACUGCAGUGGCCGUCACCGCCGAUGCGUCGGUCGCUUUUUCGGCUGAUGAAGCCGGCUGGAUCGAGGCUUGGUUCGUCGACAAGGGGACGCUGUUGUCGUCGUUUGAUGCACAUCGGCCAAUCAAAAGCCUGAUCCGCUCGUUCGACGCAAAUCGCCUAAUCGCCCACCUGGCCAACUGUGCCCAGCUGCCAAUCCUCUGCCUUCACAACACCCCCGCCGGACCUCAUCUGGCCAAGGAACGGCGGAGAAGCGCCCGCGCACACUCCAUCAGCAGUGUCGGGAGCAAUAUGAGCGAGUCGAAGAAGGACUCGAUGGCCAACAUUCCCAUACCGACAUCUGGCAAUGGGGCAACCACACCAAAACCCGUACCCCCAAGGCCCACCUUUGAUAAGAUGGAAAGGUCGAAAUCGCGGAGUUCGUUGAUAGAAAAAGACCGGAACACCACGCUAACCACUCAAGUGGCCGUCCCCGCCCAAAAAUCGAGCACCUGUGUUCUGUUG